UGUUUUACAAAAUCUCGUCAUCCCCCUCCCCUUUUUCUCUGUGUAAAUUAGGGUUUCUUUCUGGCUCAGUCUUUAUCACACUCCGCUAAUCUUUGGAUUCUUAGAGACUUUUUGUGCUUCAAUGCCUGCGAAUUUUGUCUGCAAAUUCCAGAGAGUGCCAAGCGGUUCCAUUCUUGAGCGAUUUUGGCAUAGAGCGGAGGCGGGCUAUUCGAUUCAGUUUAUAUCACUUGCCCUGAUUUGACUAUAGCUGCGGUGGCUUCCUCUUAUGGCGCCUAGCCGCAGAAAGGGCGCUAGCAAAGCAGCCGCCGCUGCCGCCGCUCGCCGCCAAUGGAAGGUCGGCGAUCUUGUACUUGCUAAAGUGAAAGGCUUCCCUGCUUGGCCUGCUACGGUAAGUGAGCCUGAGAAGUGGGGUUACUGCACUGACUGGAAGAAAGUACUUGUUUACUUCUUUGGCACCCAACAGAUAGCUUUCUGCAAUCCUGCUGAUGUUGAAGCAUUCACUGAAGAGAAGAAACAAUCUCUUCUUGUCAAACGUCAAGGAAAGGGUGCUGACUUUGUCCGUGCGGUGCAAGAGAUUAUUGAUAGUUAUGAGAAAUUGAAGGAAACCCAAGUUGACAUAACUGACUCUGGUGAAGUGUCCGGUGUAAAUGUUACAAUUCCUGUUGAUUCAUCAGCCAAAUUAUCUGCCAACUUAGGGUUAAAGGAUGAGACACAGGACCAUGAUUCCGUACAUAAUUCUCAAAUUCAAACUUUGACUUCUUUCACUGACCAACAUGAGACAACGCACGCAGCUGAGGAAGUCUUGGCAGUUGCACCAAAGGAUGAAUCAUCUAGUAAAGAGACUUCAUCAAAGGAGCUUAUUGAUAAUGCUGGUGCUACUGCAAAAUCUCCUUAUCCAGUUACUUACUCUUCUAGAAAAAGAUCUGUGGACUUGCGUCCUCAGGGUAAUGUCACACAGAGAAAUGCACCUGUUCAGAAGUCUAGAAGUUCAUCACGAGUCCAAAGCUUUGUGAGGCCUUGUAGUGAUGGUGGGAAAAGUGCUGUUGAUGGAUCAGCUAGUGCAGCUCAGAAUGUAUCUGUGAGAAGAAGUAAACGCGGCAGGAAAUCACCUGAUAUUUCUGAAUGUGAUGAUGCUGAUCCAUCUGCAUUUGCUUCAAAUGACAGCACGGAAGACAAUCGUUCUGAAAUUCUCACUAUUGAUUCGGAUCCCCUUAGCCUGAAUGAGGGAAGUACCAUGGACUCAAACUGUAAACUCGAACUCUCUGAGACUAUUGAGUGCGCAGAAGGAGAAUUUGAGUUGAGCAAAGGACUUGUUGAACUAAAGACUCUAGUCAAGAAGAAAAAAAGAAAGCCAAAUCGAAAGCGGUUGACUGAUGAUUCUGCCAAGCGAACCACUAUGCCAGAGGAGGAUGCUGGUGUGUUGAAUUCUAGUCAAAGGUCACAGGAUGUUUGUGAACGCCCAAAAGAUAGAUGCUCCAAGCAAGAUGGUGAUGAGCACCUGCCACUUCUGAAACGAGCUAGAGUCAGAAUGGGUAAAUCAUCAGCUACAGAUGCGGAACACAAUAGCAUUACAGAAUCUCAAGAUAAAAGAUCUGAGGAGAACAGUAUCAACUCAUUUCAGCAUGUAUCCUCAACUCAUGACAAUCUUAGUAUUGCUGAGGGAGACUUGUCUGUGUCAAAUAUGGUAAUGGAUAAUGUUUCUCCUCCAAAGAGUUCUGUCCCAUGUUCUGAAAGUGGGCCUCAGAUUUGUAAAAUUAAAGACCAAACUUUAGGCUGUUCUUUGGAUGUUGAAGCUGCUUUACCUCCAUCUAAACGCCUCCAUCGAGCUCUAGAGGCCAUGUCAGCUAAUGCUGCUGAAGAUGGUGAUGAUCAAGAUCGUGCAGAAUUAUCACACAGCACAAUGACAUCAAAUAGUAGAUGCUGUACAUCUUCCAUCAAUAGAUGUUCUUGUACAGCCUCUAAUAAUCAAGAGAUGGAUAAGCAAAUGAUUGAGCUUCCAACCCAUGAAAUUUGCAAGGACGUCCUACCAUAUGGCAAAGACAGAGAAGUCGACAAAGAACCUACUAAUUCUGUGGUAUGUCAGACUGAUGGAUCUGACGCCCCAAUUCAUUUACUUGGAAAUUUGUCUUCUAAUCUUGAAAUGAAAUGUUGUGAAGUUGGAAGCAGUCAGGAUUUGCCUGGUUCAUUGCUGAUCCCAAAUGAUGAAAGCAAUAUCAGAGCCGCUGACAUUUCAAAUAAAGCAUCUGGUUUAUCAGAACGUAUAGGAACAGGUCAUGAUCCCGCAUCAGGUGCCAAUGAAAGUGGUGAAUUUUCAACCCAAAAUAUUGCUCAUGUGCCUCAGAAUGAAGUUCCUCAAGAUACUGGGUGCUUGAAGCUGGCUGUUGAUGAUAGCAGCAAUUUGAAUGAGAUGUGUGAGGCUGUGAAAGACGUCACAUAUAAAGGGCCUAAGGAGGAUAUGAAUUCUGGUUCAAUUUCUGAUGAUUGCUUUGGUGAAAAGGAUAUUAUAGGUCUUCAGCCAAGUCCAUCUUUGACAGAUGGGGGAGAUUGCCCUGCACAAGGAUCCCCACCAAAUACGUCAUUUUGCAAUGUUUCUACAUCAGACAGUAGCAAUAUCCUUCAAAAUAAUGGCAGUUGUAGCCCUGAUGUGCAUUUACACCAGAAGCAAACUUUUUCUGGUCCUACUGGUGAUGGGAAGAUCGAUGGGUUUGCAGCAACUCAACGAUCAAAAAACAAGUCCACUGAAGCAGGACAUGCUGCUCUGCUGUACUUUGAAGCAACGCUUGGGACAUUAACAAGGACAAAGGAGAGCAUUGGGCGUGCCACACGCAUUGCUAUUGAUUGUGCCAAGUUUGGCAGUGCGGCUAAGGUGGUGGAGAUUCUUGCCCAUAGUCUGGAAACUGAGUCAAGCUUGCAUCGACGGGUGGAUUUGUUUUUUCUUGUUGAUUCCAUUGCGCAGUGUUCUCGAGGUUUAAGGGGUGACGUUGGCGGAGCAUGUCCUUCUGCUAUCCAAGCAGUUCUGCCACGCCUAUUGUCAGCUGCGGUGCCUCCUGGAAAUACCGCACAAGAAAAUCGUAGGCAGUGUCUUAAGGUUCUAAGGCUGUGGUUGGAGAGAAGAAUUCUGCCAGAAUCAAUUAUACGUCAUCAUAUCCGGGAAUUGGACUUGUAUAGUGUGUCUGCAUCUGCAGGUGCCUUCUCGCGACGUUCUUUAAGAACAGAGAGGGCUUUAGAUGACCCUAUCAGGGAUAUGGAGGGUAUGCUUGUAGACGAAUAUGGAAGUAACUCGAGUUUUCAGCUACCUGGAUUUUGCAUGCCCCGAAUGCUUAAAUGUGAAGAUGAUGGGAGCGAUUCUGAUGGGGGAAAAUUUGAGGCAGUCACUCCUGAGCAUGAUUCUGAAGCACACGAAGUGUGUGAAAUGACUCCUACACUUGAAAAGCAUAGACAUAUCUUGGAAGACGUUGAUGGUGAGCUUGAAAUGGAAGAUGUGGCUCCCUCUUGUGAUGUCGAAAUGAAUUCAAUUUUAGAUAUUAAUAAUGGAGGAAAUGGGGAUGCCGCACAUAUGUCUAAUUGUGUGACAAGUAAUCUGAUGGAGAAGAACAUUCCUGUGUCCUUUGUUCCUCCUUUGCCUCAGGAUGUACCUCCAUUGUCCCCUCCUUUGCCAUUAUCCUCUCCACCUCCCCCACCGCCACCCCCACCCCCUCCCCAACCUCCUUCCCUCCCCUUCACGCCAGCUAUCUCUCAUCCAUAUAGCACUGGAGCUAUUUCAAAACUCAAUAAAGAUGCACAGAUUGUGAAAGAUAACCCACUGCCCUCAGUGACUGAGGCUUUGGCCGCACCAAGGGAUAACCAACCUUUGCAUGAGGUUGUUCCCUAUCGAGUUCCAGAAUGUAGGGAUAUGCCAAUGCAGCUGCCUGAGUCUACUUCCUCUUUCAGCAGUCAUCCACCGCCACCUGACAACUUUCGUUAUUUUGAUGGUGCUAGUGUGCAUGCUAAAGGUUACCCUUUACGUCCACCUCAUCAAGUGCCCUCCAAUCAGUUUUCUUUUGUUCAUGGGGACCAGCAUGUGAAGCCACGAAGGGAGGCUCCACCCCCUUCAUACUCCAAUAGACACCACUCUAUGCAUAACACAGAGAGAGAGAACUUCCGCAAUAAUCAUGAUAGAUUAAAACCACCUCCAUAUGACUUCCGAGAGAGAUGGAGAGUUCCUGCUCCUUACUCUGGUUCUCGGUAUCAAGAUAGAGGUGUGCCUCCCCCUUAUGGCUGUCACCCAUGUGAAUCAGCUGGAUUACCAGACCAUGGGUGGAGAUUCCCUCGGUCAAUGAAUCACAGGAACUCUAUGCCUUUUAGACAACCCUUUGAUGAUGCCAUUCCGAUGGCAAGUAGAGGUCCGGGCUUUUGGCGACCAAGAUGAGCAGAAAUGACCAGCAAACUGAAGCGGAUACGCUUCUAUCUAUUUGAGGGGGAAUUUCCAUUCUAUCUUUUUGUACAUGCUUGAACCUUUGGAGAUGGUUGAGCAGAGUCUGCACAGGAUAUCGUAGUAAUCUGCUAGAUUUGUACAUAUGUAUUUAGCCUCCUCUGCAAAAUGCAGGGCAGGGAGAGUCUUUGUAGAGUGAGAGUUGUAACUUAUUCAGGUUGUCAUGUAUCAAUUUUUUAAUCUCAAGUUUUAUUAUUUCAUGAAAGCCCUUAUAGAACUUAGAUUGAUAGCUGCAUAAAAUUUUCUCGGGCUGUUUCUUGAAAUUGUUUAUCUUAAUAUAUUAAAUAACUUCUCUCUUCCGGGCAA